GGCCUAUAAAAACAACACCUUGAAGCACCACUCUGUGUAUGAAAUCAUGCUGCCGCUGGUAUCCCCAGUGUUGCUGUUCCUGCUCUGCACCACGUGGAUCUUCAUGUCCCCGAUGGACAUCCUGGAGGUCCAUCCCAGGCUCUUCUACUUCAUGGUUGGAACAGCCUUUGCUAACAUUUCUUGCCAACUGAUCGUCUGUCAAAUGAGCAGCACGCGCUGCCAGCCUCUGAACUGGAUGCUGCUCCCCAUAGCGGCGGUGCUCCUCGUGGUGAUGUCCGGGUUCGCGCCGAACAGCGAAACGCUUCUCCUCUACUCCUUAACUGCUUUCCUCACCCUGGCGCACAUUCACUACGGCGUGGUCGUGGUGAGCCAGCUGAGCAGGCACUUCAAUAUACGGCCCUUCUCGCUAAAGAAACCCACGCCAGAUUGACUAGGAGUGGAGGAAGAGAAAAUCGGCUUGCGGUCUGCAGAAGUACUGUAAAUAACUGCUGCAAAUACCUGUAAAUACUUCAACCAUCACCACGGAUCUAAACCUAUCCUCUGGACAGACAUCAGGGCAAAGUACGCACGGUAUCCGGUGCAGCCAGGGCACGACUGGUACGGGGCAGCCCCCGCUGCUGUUCGAUGAAUGCAAGCUUUCGGUUUUGGGUGAAACCGGACGAGGAGGGUAGCCUUUCGGGUCGCUAUUACUGUAUGUUAGACCAGCUGAAUGUUCCCAGUGAAACCUCAAACUCCAGCUCUUGCUCAGGUAAAGCUGGUUGGGGAUGCAAGUGGCUUUACCCGAGCAAAGCAUCUUGACCUGUCACCAAAACCAACGUAAGAGCUGAUUUCUGCAAGGUCAGGGGAACAUCCUGGUGAUCGGGGGAGUUCCCGUCUGUCCCUAAUCCCGCUAGACAGCCCUUGUC